AUGCGUGGGACAAGUGCUGUGUGGAACAAGGUGCAGGACAAGAAUUGGGUGAUCAAGGCAGACAUUGAUGCCGUGUUCAUCCCUGCGCGAUUGCGGGACAUGCUAUCUCAAAUGGGGGAGCCAAAUGUAGGAGUGUAUUAUGAAAAUUGCAAGGGCGUGGACUCGGGAUUCUACGGCAACCUCGAGGUGGUGUCUACCAAGGGCUUCAAGAUAGUCGCUGAUAACAUGGAGGAGUGCAAGCGAAACCUCUGCUGGGGCGGCGAGUUGUGCGAGGAUUGGAAGUGGGGACCUUGGGGUGAGGACAAGUUCUUGCAGGAGUGCAUGGACAGGCACGGUGUCGCCAAGUUGCCCCUCUACGAGCUGACCUACGACGGCUGUUGCGCAAGCGACCGUCCCGCAGGCGUGGAGACGCUCCCGAAUUCGAAGAACAAGCCGCUGAAAUGGAAGCCUUCAUGCUUGGAUUCGUACGCUCCAUCCACGCAUCCCUUCAAGACCGUGGAGUCGUGGGAGGCCUGCUAUGCCGACACCAUGAAGCCGAAGCCGCCGACGACUUCGUCGCACCCCCCGGAGUACUGCACCCAGACGCCGGCGGCCACCUGUGGCAAUUCCGAGAGGCUGUGCGUCCUGGACCACCAGCGUUGCAAGGGCGCGGCGGGCAGGGACGAGGACCUCGGCCAGGGGUUCUGCUGCACCGCGGCGGGCUGGGCCGACGAGGUGCCCAUGAUGCGGGGGUGCCGCUUCUGCGGGGACGAGGAGUGCGGCCCCUGCCCUUCCUGA